AUGGCUGUUGUUGGUGUCGAUGAGGACGGUGCGCAAGGGAAAAAAUUAUAUAAUAUACCCGUUGAAUGGAUCCCGCGAUUGGGUGUUCGGGACGGUUUGUUUGUGUUAUUACUCUAUACGUUUUGCUGUCGCGAAGUAUUAAUACGUUCGAAAACACAAUUGGUACGUUGCCAGUCUUUAAGUUUACCCCGCGAUUAUUAUGUAGACCAGCAUUAUUUUCACGUCGGUUCGGGAGAGUGUAGCGAUAGUUCAGAGAUCGAAGUGUUUGCCGGGGUUCAGUUGUAUGUCGGGUUAACGACCAUGAUGAAACAUUUAAAGACGGGACUAUAUGUAAAUAUGGGGGAGAUGUUGGUCGCUCUGGAUAGUGGCGAGAAAUCGUUACAUUACUAUCGUGAAGAAAUGAUAAAUGAAAAAAACGAAAAUGACGAACCAGUAGUCACGUACGUAUAUCAUUUAGUAAAGAAGAUAGGUAUGAAUAUUCGUAAAUAUUUAGCACAUAUAUUAGUAUGCAAGAAAUGUAUUAGAUAUAUUGAAGAUUUUUUAUCGCUGUUAGAUCAAAGUGUGGAAGAACACCCAUUUCCCGCACAUGAUGAAUUAGAUUGUGACGAUUGUAAUUCUAUAGGUUUACCUAUUUUGCAUCAUAUAUUAGAUGCUGAUUUUGAUAGUUUGAGGGAUAAAGCUUUUUAUGGGGUGGUAGUUGACGUGUUUGAGACCCCUUGUGAACGUGUGGAUGUUUUUAUGACAUCGUAUGUUAGAAAACGUGUGUGA